AUGCAUGCAGUUCAACGAUUAGGUGUCGGGUACCACUUUGAAGCAGAAAUUGAAGAAGCACUUGAAAAAGUACAUGACAUGGGAGAGGAUUUAUUCACUAACUUCGAUGGCAGAGGCACUGAUCUCUACCAUGCAGCUCUUCGCUUCCGACUCCUCAGACAACAAGGAUUUCCUGUUUCGCUAGAUGGAUUUAGAAAGUUGAAGAAUAGUGAAGGAAGGUUCAAGGAAUGGUUGUCGAGGGACGAACAAGGACUGUUAAGCUUGUACGAGGCAGCACACAUAGCAUUCCAUGGAGAAGAUAUAUUAGAUGAAACCCUAAAUUUUGCGACGAAAAACCUUAAGUCAAUCCUCCUAACAAACAAGAAUAUCAGCAAUGCAGUUCAAAGGCAAAUAGACUUUGCCCUUUUUGUUCCUGCUUGGAAAUGUGUCCCAAGGUCACUUGCUAGGCACUCCCUCGAUUUCUACUCCGAUCAGGGCGCUUUGCUGCAGAAUCAAAAGCUCCUCACAUUUGCAAAGUUGGACUUCAACAUGGUCCAAAGCAUCCAUAAGCAGGAGCUCCGUGAACUCUCUGAAUGGUGGAAAAGCAUUGACGGGGCGACCAACUUUCCAUACGCAAGAGACAGACUCGUGGAGUGUUAUUUUUGGAUACUUUGCAUUUACUUUGAGCCCGAAUAUAGUGUGGCCAGAGUUCUAAACGCCAAGAUCUAUAUAGUGUUGACAACCUUGAAUGACACUUGUGAUAACUUUGGUACAUAUGAAGAAGUCCAGGCCCUAGUGAAAGCUAUUGAAAGGUUGGAUGCUAGAGCUCUUGAUGAACUACCUGACAGGAUGAAGAAUAUGUAUCGACUCACUCUAAAUGUGUAUGACGAAAUUGAAGAGGAAGCUGGAAAGAAAGGAUCCACGUUUAUUGUCGAGUAUGCUAAGGAAGAGUACAAGAAAUUAGCCCGAGCCUACUUGAAAAAGAAUGGGUGGUGCACUGAAGGCCAAGUUCCGACAGUGGAGGAGUACUUGAUCGAGAGCGGAUAUGUGACUGGUGGUAUGCCCAUAGUUUGCGGAUCUGCUUUUGUUGGCAUGAGAGCGGACAUAGUCACAAGGGAGGAUUUUGAAUGGGCAAAUAAUGAAUCCAAAAUGUUUAGAUCUGGCAGUGCCAUUUGUAGGAUUCAAAAUGACAUUUUCACAUACAAGUUUGAAGAAAAGAGGAAUCAUGCGCCUUCGUCUGUUCAGUGCUGCAUGAAGCAGUACGGAAUAUCAGAUAAAGAAGCGGUUGAAUUUUUGCUGAAUGAACUUUCUAACUCUUGGAAAAAUAUAGCCCGAGAGUACUGUCAGAAACCGACUCUACUGCCAACAGUUUUCAAGGACCGUGUCAUCAACUACGCACGUUCCAUGAAUUUGUUUUAUGACAACCGCAAUGGUGAUCGCUACACAAACUCCCAUCUUUUGAAGGAACACCUCACCGCACUGUUCAUUGAUCCCGUCCCUCUUUGA